AUGGACAGGGCAUUGUUUGUUGCGCUGAGGUAUAGUGUUCAAACUGGACACUCAAUAUUAUAUGAUCAACAAACAAAGGUUCAAUGGAGUAAAUAUGUCUGGGAGAGGUGCACCAUUCCGAAGCAUAGAUACAUACUUUGGCUUGCUAUGCAACAGAGAUUGAGAACCAGAGUGUAUCUUAGUCGAUUUUGGCAUGAGAUGGACAAGUUAUGCUUGCUGUGUGGGGAUCACAAUGAAGACAUUUCUCAUCUUUUCUUUCAAUGUACCUACAGCAAUCAAUGUCUAAAGAAGAUGAAGGAUUGGUUAGGCUGUCGAGCACAAACAGAGGACUUUUACAAGUUACUGCAAUGGUUCUCCAAGGUGAAGUAUUUCAGCAAACUCAGGAAGAAGUUCUGCAUUGCAACUGUCACUGCCUUAGUCUACCAUUUAUGGAGAGUUCAGAAUGAUGCCUUGUGGUCAUGCAAGAUUUGGCAGGUUAAUCAUACUUUAGAGGGUAUCAAAACAGAGAUGAAAAUGCGACUUACUGUUUUACUGUAUAAGGGGAAAAAAGAUAGAGAUAAUGAUUGGAUUCAAAAGUUGUACAGUUAG